UCGAACCUCCGCUAAAACGUCAUCGAGUUUUUCUCAGCAUCUCGUGACGUCAAGUAAAACCGUAAUAAUUGUCUUUUUUUGUUCCCCCACUAUACUUCUUCUGUACCCACAUUUCUCUUAAAUCUACGUAACAUAUCUAACUUCUGUUAACUUCAAACGCAGUUACAGUAUUCGUCACGAAAAUAAAGUUACAGAUACAUAUAUAUAGUACAGAAUUCUUUGAAAACUUAGAUCCUUUGUGUCCAGUCUUUUGUUAAAAACAAAACAGGCAAAAUGAGUUACGGUUACCAAGGACCACCGGUGAUUCAAUUUCCGGGACAUGUACCACCACCAACAUCAUUUGGAGCUCCACCUGGCACACCAUCUGCCCCUGGUGGUGCUUCUGCUCCUCCUUAUUCUCAAAGUGGCAAUUUUGGUUUCACAAAUGCUCCACCUACAACUUUUGGAAUGCCACAGCCAUAUUCUCCUUAUCCUUCGACUCCUUAUCCUGUACAACCUAGUCAUCCUGUUCCCGGACAAUGCCCUGCUCCAGCACCAGGAGCUUAUCCUCAAUAUAUGCCUCAACCUGUUCCUCAAUCUACCUCUCCUUAUCCACCUCAACAGACACAACAAUCAUAUUCUAAUCAACCUUCUGGGUAUCCACAACAGCAAAAUUAUGCUGUGUAUCCAAAUCUUCAAAGUGUACCAGAAGCAAAAGAAUGUUUUGGUGGAUCCUCUCCGUAUCCAUCCGGUCCUAAUGCUUACUCAAAUAAUUCAAAUCCCUAUCAAGGUGGAAGCUAUCCUGGGGGGCAGGGUGGUGGAUCAUACUCUCCUUAUGGAAGUAAAUCUGCCUCACCACGAUCUUACCCAGCCCAAGCCCCCCGAAAAGAUCAGUUUGCACCUAAGUUAUCCCCUACUGUUGUACCAUACGGUGAUUUCGAUCCGCGAGCAGAUGCGGAAGCUUUAAGAAAGGCAAUGAAAGGUUUUGGUACAGAUGAAAAGACUAUUAUUAAUGUACUUGCCAAUCGCACUAAUCUACAGCGUCAAGAGAUUGCCGUUCAGUUUAAAACUUUGUACGGAAAGGAUUUAAUAAAAGAUUUGAAGUCCGAAUUAUCGGGCAACUUUGAAAAGUUAGUUCUCGGUAUGAUGAUGCCAUUGCCACAAUAUUAUGCCAAGGAACUGCAUGACGCAAUGUCCGGUAUCGGAACCGACGAAUGCGUACUUAUCGAGGUAUUAUGCACAAUGUCUAACCACGAGAUUCGGGUGAUUAAACAAGCUUACGAAGCAAUGUACGGAAGAUCAUUAGAAGAUGAUUUGAGUGACGAUACUUCCGGCAAUUUCAAACGGUUAAUGGUAUCGUUGUGUUGUGCCAACAGAGAUGAGUCAUUCGAUGUAGAUCCUGCAGCCGCAGUAGAAGAUGCCAAAGAACUUCUCAGAGCUGGUGAACUUCGCUUUGGUACUGAUGAAUCAAUAUUCAAUGCAAUUCUUGUUCAGAGAAAUGUUCCACAGUUGAGACAAAUAUUCCAAGAAUAUGAAAAUAUAACUGGUCACACUAUCGAAGAUGCAAUUGAGAACGAAUUUUCAGGUGAUAUUAAGAAGGGCCUCCUUGCAAUUGUGAAAUGCGUGAAAAACAGAGCUGCCUUUUUCGCUGAACAAUUAUACAAAAGUAUGAAAGGUUUCGGCACAGACGAUACUCGUUUAAUUAGACUGGUUACCACACGUUCUGAGAUAGACAUGGGAGAAAUAAAAGAAGCAUUCAGACAACAGUACGAUGAAUCGUUGGAAAACUUUAUAGCCGGCGAUUGUUCCGGUCAUUACAAGAAAUGCCUUCUGGCUCUUAUUUCUUAAAACUGUAACAGCAACAAAUGACAAAUUCUUCCUUGUCGCAUUUAAAACUCCAAUCUAUCAAGUAUUAAUGUUCACAUAAUUAUUUAUCACGCGUGUAUUGGUAUCGGAUAUAUUACGGACAAUAUUUGUCUGGCAUUGAAAUACAAUGUUCCUAUAUAAAACAUUAUUAUAUACAAAUAUUUACAACUAUAAAGCUUUAUACGUGUUUUACAUUGAAUCUCAAACUUCAGUACGUUUGU